UGUAAUGUUACCUAAAAAGAUUACAGAUUAUGACGUUUUAAAAAAACAUUAUACAUUUUUAAAUGAUGAGAAUGAUAAAUCGUGGGAAUCCAACCUAGUUUCGAAUUAUCAUGAAACGUUAUUCAAAGAAUUUGCAGUUUGUGAUCUUUCCAAAUAUAAAUCCGGCGAUAUAGCUUUAAGGUGGAGAUCAGCGAAUGAAGUAGUUGAAGGCAAAUGUGAGAGUAUAUGUGCAAAUGUAUCAUGUACUGAAACCUUAAAUCUAUCCAGUUACGAAGUACUAUUUAACUAUAUUGAACAUAAAGUUAAGAAGCAGGCUUUAGUUAAAGUUCGAGUAUGCCCGGAAUGUUCUUAUAAACUUAAUUACAAGUUAAAGUUCAAAAAAACAGAACCUACCAAGGAGGAAUCGGACUGA